GUGCUAAUAGAAUGAAAUGGGUUGUUUGAACCACACGGGGUUGUCCGCCUAUUAUGAGUUCUUUAGCUCAUCAAGAUCUUUUAUCGUGACACUCGAAACCUCUCUGUCCCAUAAGAAGAGUCGUUAUACCCUAGACUUUGGUUUACAUAGUAUUUAUAUAUGCUCAAUAGUCUAUUUAAUACCGAUUGCUUCACGAUUGUAUGGAUUUAUUGGAAGAAUUUACCCAAGCAGAGUUGGCAGACGAAAUACCAACGAGUACNAGUCGAUCGAAACUCGUUUGAAUCCAUUGUUUCCAGAAUUGACCCAAUAUAGGAUCAUAUUGGGAAACUGUAAAAAAGAAGAUUUUGUUAUUGCUGUUUGGUCUGAUUCUGCAUAGUAUGUUGAGCACCAAUAUACACACUUUUUAGUGAUUUUUUCUGCUAAUGGGAAAGAUGGGCAAUUUGGAAAGAGUGGCCGAUUGGGAAUGGGCCCGCGCAAUUUUGAUUUAAAA